AUGGCACCUACUCCUUGUUGUGAGAAGAUGGGAUUGAAGAAGGGACCAUGGACUGCUGAAGAAGAUCAUAUAUUGAUUUCUCAUAUUCAACGAUACGGCCAUGAAAACUGGCGUGCGCUUCCUAAACAAGCUGGUUUGUUAAGGUGUGGCAAGAGUUGUAGGCUUCGUUGGAUAAAUUACUUGAGACCAGAUAUUAAACGAGGGAAAUUCAGCAAGGAAGAAGAAGAUACCAUCCUAAAGCUACAUGAAAUUCUUGGAAAUAGAUGGUCUGCUAUUGCUGCAAGAUUACCAGGAAGAACAGACAACGAAAUAAAGAAUUUUUGGCAUACCCAUUUGAAGAAGAGGAUGAAGAAAAUUAGUGAGGUGCAAAAUGGCAAUAGCUCCUCAUAUAUCUUGCAAGAGGGACAAGCAAAUAGUUCGGGGACUCUAAUGACCAUGCCACCAGGAGUAGAGGAGGAUGCUGGCAAAGUAAUGAUUGCCAAUUAUGGUAUACCCUCAAGGAUGAAUCCAUCAGGAUUUUACAGUGCAGUCUCUCGUGAUACUUCAGGAGAAACCAUAGGCAAUAAUGGUUCUAGUCAGAUCAGUGAUGAAAUGGAAUUUUGGUACAAUGUUUUCAUCAAAUCAGGGCAGCCAUAG